CACACGGUGUCCAACAGUUGCAAUCGAAACAGCAAUGGCAAAGGAGAGACUGCCCUUUCGACUGGCCGUGGGUAGAGCUGCCUGGUGGAUACCCCAUCCAGGACCAAAACCACCGCAAUACCAUCGCAAAUCCACUCGACACGCACCUGCGACCGUGCCUGUGACGGUCAUGGUCAGUGCCGCGACUUCAGCGGAGGAUGCGCGAAAAUUGCCAUUUGCUGCCGCUUUAAAGGAUUUGCUGCAGAACCUGUCCUUUCAUUGUUAUGGCAAAUUAGUCGAGCACGGCCGUCGCAUUCAGGAGCGCUUCUUCUGGCUCAUUUUCCACAUAACUGCCCUGAGCGUUCUAAUUGCAUUCCUCUGGGGUACCUUCACGAACGGGAUCCAGGAGGCUCUGGUGACCACGAUGUACCAUCCGCAGUAUCCCAUUUGGAAGGUGGAGUUCCCCGCGAUAUCCGUGUGCAGCUUUAAUCGCAUAUCCGAGCGUGCCGCCUGGCGCUAUGCCCUCGAGCUGAGCCUCAAGGAUCCAAGGCAGCGCGAGGUUAGCUUCUUCUAUGACCAGCUGAAGGAAUUUUUGUCAUUGUUCUACAAUCCCAAUGAGACAACGGACAUUGACAGGGCCCUGCGCUUUCAGAGCUUCCUCGACAGGUUCGACGUUGAGGCACAUGAGCUCUUCUUCAAUACCAGACGACGCAUGCACUUCCUCACACCCAACUGCAGCGACAUGUUUGUGUCCUGCCGCAUUGCGGGACGUACCUUCGAUUGUCUCGAACAGUUCGAGGAAACCCUCACAAGUCAUGGCUACUGUUGCACCUUCAACUAUGAUGGCAGGUAUGUGAACAAGCGGGACUUUCGACAGCUUUAUUUUGGACCCGAAAUGGGCCUGGUGUUGACUCUGAAGACAAUGCCCAGCGACAGUUUUUACCAAGUGAAUCCUCGAAAGGGUUUUAGGAUUUCCAUAUAUGAGCCACAUAGCUAUCCGGAUCCCUUCUCCGGCGGAGUGGCCGAAAGAAUGGCCAAGACGGGCGUGAACACUCUGCUGCCUGUGAGGGCAAAGAUCUUUGAAACGGUGCCCGAAGCUCGCAGGAUGAGUAAGUCGGUGCGCAAGUGUCUCUUUGCGGACGAAAUGCCAUGGAUCUUUGCCCGUCGCUAUACCUUUAGUAAGUGCAUCUCCGCCUGUCGAGCACGCAGCGUUGUCAGCCUGUGCGAGUGCGUUCCCUUCAGUCUGCCCCAUCGGUAUAUUGAUGGGAGUGAGACGCGGCUCUACUGCACGCUGCAGCACAAUGAGUGCCUGAGGCGCUACUCGUUUAAAUGGUUGAAUGUCAUCACCAGUCGCGAGAACGUCACUGGCCUGGAGCACGAGAUGCAGGAUGCCCUCUACUGUCCACAGUGCCUGGCCUCCUGCACGGAGACCCGCUACAGCGUGCGCGGUGCCAUGACGCUGGCCCUCCCGAGCCCAUCGAAGUCCCCACCGCGAAGCAGCCUUGGACCUACUGCCAAUAACAGUUACGGCCAUGCCAGCUCCAGCUCCAGCUCCAGCUCCAAAACCAACUCCAACUCAUCCUCUCAGACGGAGAUGGCUGUGGUUCGUAUUUAUUUUGCCGAAACGCACAUUCAAUACUUUCGCCAGAUUAUUAAGAGUGCCUGGUACGAGACCUUCAGUACAAUUGGCAACAUCUGCGGCAUUAUAGCGGGCUUCUCAUUGAUUGGCAUCUGCGAGCUGUUGUUUUUUCUAGCCAAACAAUUAUGGCAAGCCUGCAAAGCGGAACUGAGGGCAGAACUGGCACACAUUCAAUGGCGGAAGGAGCACCAGCACCCCACUAGGGGUACAGGAGCAGCAUCAGAAACAUCAGCAGCUGCAGGGGCACAGGAGCGACCAAUGGAGUUGUUUAUCCUGCCGUAAUUGAGCGAAAUGCAUCGUUAAUUUUAAAGCUCAGUGAUUUUUAUGCACAUCCUUUGUGUACUCCAUUGAUCGACUUCCAGCUGGAUGGGAAUGGUGUGGAGUACACUGUGGAGUCCGGCUCAAGAGCACUUACUUUGCAUGGUCAUUGUCACAUAAAAAUAAACAGCGAACCUUCACGUACGAUUGCCAAUUGUUGGACUGGGAGUGGCGCGGCUUGAAGAGCUGCCAAAAAGGCCCAGACGGUGACAUUAGCGCCAGCAGUUGCUACAUUCUUUCUGGCCAUUUGCCCACUUCGGGGUCAGCGGCAGUUAUGGACCACAGAAUACACGAGCC